AUGGUGCUAAGAGGCAGACUAGAGCCAACCAGCCACACGCCGAGAAGUCCUCGUCACAUCAACGGUAACGCCAUCACAUUCAAACCCUCAAUCAAGAUUCAGGACUCGGGGAUUCCAAAAGAUGACGCCCCAGUCAAUCUCAUGCAGCUGCUGAGAAAAGAUCUAACGACUCCUGGUGGUCGCGACUCUCCCUCAAGUAGCAUCCUGCUCACCGUGAACACGCCCCCUCAGUUGUACAACGUCCGGGAGACAGACACGCAUGCGCCGAAUCCAGCCAAUGAGACGGCAGGAGACAUGAAGAACUAUCACGUGCUCGGUGGUGCGGAUCAGCAGGACUAUGGGGAGCUGCCAUUGGAUGACGACAGAUCAAUGAGAACCCCUGUUAUGGUGUUGCCCAUCAAGAGACCAGGCCUGGCCGUCAUGGAUGAGGAAUAUGACGACUAUGACGAUGACGACGACGACCUGAUGAUUGACACGCCAGGGCGGAGCUCGCUGGUCGCAGCCACUCAGGGCAUGUUUGGGGAGGAUGCCCUAUGCCCUGUGACACGCCUACCCGGCAUAGCAGAGGACACGGCCAUCUUGCACAGGUCAAACGUGGGAGGUCGAAAGGCCAGUGACUGCCUCAUCAGCUCUGGGAACGCUAACAUCGUUUUUCUUAACGAAGACGGCGAUCCCCUACCUCCGCGGACCCCUACACCGCCCGAACCGUUUGAGACGACGAGAGACAAAAACAGCAAACGGAGGGUAAGAGUUCAUAUCGGUGGUCAUGACUGCAGAUGGAAUUGA